UGUUGAAGUGUGCUGUUUGAGGCCAGUUGAAAGUCGGUACCGUCAGUGACUGACGGCGUACACACCAAACACACGCUGUUUCACACCGCGUCUUACCGGAUCUGACACUUUCACUUUCACCAGCUGAGCAGCAGCAGCGGCACGGCAACAAGCUGCAGAGUUCCUGGAUGGAAACGGAUCAUCUGCUGGCCGGGAGUGUGAACGGAGCGCCCGAAGAUUAUGGCUCACGGUCGGAUUCGGAGCACGAAGGGGUACCGGGGCGCAGACGCAUGUCCUACUCUGUGUCCGGAGAGUCCUGUAGUCUGGCGGGGGACACAGGUGAUGAGGACCUCUACAUCCAACAAGCUGUUGUAUUCAUCGAGGAUGCCAUACAGUACCGGUCCAUCAACCACCGGGUGGACACCAGCUCACUCCGCCUGUAUCGAUGGUACUACUCCAGGAUAGGCCAGUGGGGCUUGGGCCUGACCAUUGCAGUGGUAUUGUUGCUGGCCUUCGUGGAGCGCCCGUCCUCCCUGUCCGUCUCCUCAGAUCCUCGACAUCGCUCCCCACCCUGGCAGCCUCCCUGCGGCUUCACCGAGAGCAUCGAGAUGGUCUGCCUCAUCAUCUUCACUCUUGACCUUGCUGUCAAGAGCUACUUGAUCGGCUGGGAGGAGUUCAGGAAGAGCAAAUGGCUGAUUAGCUACACUGUCGUCAUUUCAGUCUCCAUCAUUGACUGGGUGUUGUCGGUCAGCAUGGUGUGUAAUGAGAAACUGAGAGUGCGACGACUCCUCCGGCCGUUCUUCCUCCUGCAGAACUCCUCCCUGAUGAAAAAGACACUGAAGUGCAUCAAGAGGACUCUGCCAGAGAUUGCCAGUGUCAUCCUGCUGCUGGCUCUCCACCUCUGCCUCUUCACCAUGAUCGGCAUGCUGCUGUUUCCUAAAACUGAGGACCCAAAGAAGAACGGGGAGUGGCAGUUACAUUUCAGAGACCUGCCUAACUCCCUCACCUCUCUGCUGGUGCUGCUCACCACAGCCAACAACCCAGAUGUGAUGAUCCCUGCCUACUCCCAGAACAGAGGCUACGCCCUUUUCUUCGUGGCCUUCAGUGUAAUUGGAACCUACUGUCUCAUGAACUUGCUGACAGCCAUCAUCUACAACCAGUUCAGAGGAUAUUUACUGAUGUCAGUGCAAACAUCCAUCAUCAGGAGAAGACUGGGGAUUCGAGCUGCUUUCCAAGUCCUGAGCUGCCAGGGAGCCCGGCGGGCCAAUGAGGAGCGUGUGCGUGUUGAUGCCGUGCUGGAGGUGAUGUCCAGGGUCAAGAUGAAGAGCUACUACAGAGCAGCCAUCACUACGGAGGUGCGUCAGUAUGCAGAUGUUGGCUACAUGGGUCGAGAGCAGUUUCAGAAGAUAUUUGAAGAACUGGACAAAGAUCGAAUCAAGGAGCACCCUCCCUUGCCUCAUUAUAACUCUCCAGUCCUGCAGCGACUCCAGGUGCUCUUCUGUCACUACUAUCUCACUAUACUUGGCAACGCAUUGGCACUGGCCAAUGUCAUGUGCAUAUGUACCUUCCUCGUGUUGAACUCUGAAAAGUCUGUAUCAGAGAGAGACAACUACAUCUUGGAGAUCAUCAACCUGUGCUUCAUCCUCUACUACCUGUUUGAAAUGUGUGUGAAGAUCUUUGCCUUCGGCUGGAGAGGGUACCUCUCCUACAGGAACAACGUCUUUGACGGCUUCCUCACCAUCCUACUAUUGGCCCUAGAGAUCACGAUUUAUGCCAACUACAGGCUGCCUUACUCUCAGUGGGACCCAUCCUCUCAAGGGAUAGCGUCUCUGUGGGAGAUGGUUCGUUUGGUCAACUUGCUGAUUGUCUUCCGCGUCCUGCGCAUCAUCCCAGAUAUCAAGCUCAUGGCUCUGGUUGCAAGUACGCUGCUGGACCUGUUGAAAAACCUCAGAGCCUUUGCAGGGAUACUGGUGGUGGUGUACUACGUGUUUGCUGUGUUUGGGAUCUGGCUGUUUGAAGGAGCCAUUAAACCUCCUCCAGAGAUGAGCAUACUCUCCAACACCUCCAUGGAAAACAUCACGAGUAACUUCAGCAUGGAGUGUGGUACAUAUGAACAGCUGGGAUACUGGCCCAACAACUUUGAUGACUUCGCUGCUUCCAUCAUUUUGCUGUAUGACGUCAUGAUCGUUAACAACUGGCAGGCCUUCAUGGAUGCAUACACCAGAUACACCACUGAGUGGUCCAAGGUCUACUUUGUGUGUUGGUGGCUCACUUCUUCCGUCAUGUGGGUCAACCUGUUUGUGGCGCUCAUCUUAGAGAACUUCAUCUACAAGUGGGACCGCAGCCACAGCUGCUCUGUGUCAGAGGUGGAGAAGAUCAGAUACGAAACCUCCGUCCAGCUCAUAUUCAAGGAGCAGAUCCAGGAGCCAACAGAAGAGGAGUUACUUUGUCAGCUUCACCAACACCCCCACUUACACCUACACUGGUGACACACACACACACACACGUGGCACCAGCACCUGUCAUUAGUAAAAAAAGACUGUGUGGUAGAAACACUGAGAGGUCAUCAUGAUAACAUUCUACUACUAGUUUAUUUUAAUGUGUAUUAUUGAAAUAUGUCAUUACUGCCACUGAAACCAGUAGGGGGCACAUGUGAGUAAAACCACUGUGAGCUGCAGUUUCAGUUGUGUAAAGGUUUCUCAUUGGUGUGGCUCUCCAGAGGCAGAUGUGGACAGGAAAUGAAUCAAACUGUGACUAUAAUUCUGCCAAUUUCAUGCUCAGAAACUGCACAUAGAGAAAGACGAUUCAAAUUUCCAAGAAUCUGCUACUUUAUGUUUUUUUUUGUUGUUGUUGUUUUUAAACUGUGGCACCACUGUCGGCAAAACAGUGACUUUCACUAGAGUGAAAAAUACAGAACAGCCUUUCUCACUUACUGGUUAAACCAGUAAAAUUCAAGAAUGUUUGUUCCUUGAAAUGCGGGGUUUUGCAUCGCAGUCAUCCAGCCUUAAAAAUCCAUCAUACUCUGGCACGUGUUCGCUAAGAAUGUGUGAGAACUGCUGCUUUAAACCGAGAAAAACCUACAUAAUGCUUGUUUGCAAAGACAAAGCAGAUUUAAUCCUUCACUGUAUGCAGCACUUAAAGUUCACCAGCCUUUUAUAAACAUCCAGUCAAAGCUCCCAGUGACUGAAGCACAUUCCACAAUCAAACCCAAACAUUACUCCGGUGUUAUCUCCUGUGUUUAAGUUGUGUCUUUUUCCUCAUGAUGAACCAUCCCGGAUGGGUUAGGGCAUAUGUGUCAAACCUGUUCCACAAAGGGCCGUGUGGCUGCAGGUUUUUGUUCCAACCAAGCAGCAGCACACCAGACUUGACUCAUUUAAUCAACUGAUCUCAGUCUUCAGACAGUUGAUUGGUCAAACUGUGUAUUCUUGAUUGGCUGGAACAAAAACCUGCGGCCACACGGCCCUUUGUGGAACAGGUUUGACACCUCUGGGUUAGGGGAUGCACUGCAGGAGAACUACAGCAAGUUGGAGAAUUGUGGUGGCAGCAGCAGCACAUACAUGAGGGCAGCACCCGCCCUCUCUACCUUUGCCAAAGCCGCUCUCCGUGGGGCACAGCUACACUUGCUCUGACCAGGAAUCUUGGAGGGGAGUGGAAGGUCGUGCCACUCAGGUCAAAGAUCGAUAAAUGUGAACAGUGGUUUUUGUAAUAAUGUGAAUUCAGCUCAACACCUCUUCACCAACAGAGAGAAGUCUGUCAAUCAGGUGCAACAUCAGCUGGACUUAUCCACUCUAGGCCAAUAAAUCAUUUAAUCAUUUGGAUAUUAGUUAAACUGGUGUUGAGAUCAGAGUGGAUGAUCAGCAGUAACCUGUAGCAUAAGCCACAGCUCAUUGACAGCAUUCAGAAAGCAGAAGAAAAAUGCUGACAGGCAGCAGAUGCAAAGGCAGCGACUCGCUCUGUGGCUUGUUUGGCAGCUGUCAGUGGUGAUAACUGAAGGUUCACAGCUUCACUGAGCCCACCUGCUGUUCAGUCUCAGUGUGUGGAAUGCAGCUGUCUGAGGGAGUUACUGGGGAGGAUGUUUGUUGUGCGUUUGCCAUACUGUAAUUAAUGAAAAAAAAAAAAAAACUUUGACCAGGAACCAGGAAGUUCACCUUUAAC